AUGUUUCUAUUUGGAUUCUUCUUACAAGAUUUAAAUCGACAGCUACUCGAAGUACAUCAAGCAUUUAAAUUAAAUUAUUUGGAAAAGCAGCUAAAAGUUUAUCGUGGACAAAGAAUGUCACCCGUUGAACUGGAAAAUCUGCUUAAACAAUUUGAAAAAUACACAGAGAUAGCCUUGGUAAACUCUAGCUGUUUUUCAACGUCAUUAAAUCGUUCUACGGCACUUUCAUUCAUUCUGGAGAAAGAAAAAUCAGAUCAGUUAGUGGGUGUUCUGUUUGAAAUAACUAUUGAUAUCGAUCGACGUUGCCGACCAUUUGGAGGUAUUUCGAGUAUCAGCGCUGUUCCCCGUGAAUCUGAAGUUCUGUUUAUGCCAGGAGUCUGUUUUACAUCGAAAAAGGCUAAUGUAACGUUUGACAAAGCUGCAAAUUUUCGGAUAAUUCACCUGGGGCAGAUGGAGCCGGCAGAUAUUAACUUUAGCUCACUGCCAGAGUAUUUCGAGAGCACAAUCACAAGAAGAACUUUGAUAAAUUGUGUCACCGCUGUAUCGACUGACGGCCAAUUGUACUUAGCCUCACAUGAGCAGAUUGACAGAAUUUUCGAUCAGUUAGUUUUGAUAUUUCCACUGGAAACAUGGAUUCUAGCAGUCAAAGAACAUUGUCGAGUACUAAAAAUGAUAAAGUUUAAACGUUUUAACAUGGAGAAAGAAGAAACGUCUUUAGCAGUGUCUACACUAGAGAAAGCUAUGAAAGUUUGGUCUAAUAAUACAAGUGAUAUCGAUUUAAACUGUUUUGGUAUUAUUGCCCAUCUUCACAGAACACUUGCUUGGCUCCGUGGACCAGCCUCUACAAUAGUGAAUAAAAAGAAACAUUAUGAGCUAGCAAUCAGUAAUUUAUGGACUAAAGUGGACAGCAAAAGUUUAAGACACUUUUUAUUUUUAAUUUUUCUCCUCGGCCAUUAUAGCUAGAACAAAUGUAAAAAAUGAUUUGAACAGCUGGAAGAAUUUAUAAUCAGACGAGGUAUAUAUGAAAAUUUUGUUAAAAUUUCUGUAAAUCAGAUCCCUGGAAAACCAAGAUUUCAGAAAACUCAAAAAAUCCAACUCCCAGG